CCGGACUGAAUCACGUGAAAGAGGCGGGAGGGGGCUGGUGAGGUAGGAACUUGCUCACGUGGGAGAGACAGACCUUUCUGUUUCCGCUUCCGGUUGGCGAGCGGCGCCGCCUGCUUCGGCCCUCGGGACGUUAGGCGCUGAGAUGGAGCCGGCGGGUUCUGCGGCCGCGAGUCGGGGCCCCGCGCGGAAGCGUGUCCGGGCGCAGAAGAAGCGGCGCCCGGGGACCUCCGGCGAUGGGGGCGAGGAGGCCCGACGCGCCCGGCACCUGGGGCUGCUGGCCGGGAAGCCGGUGGUGGAGCGGUGCCUGGAGGAGCUGGUGUUCGGCGGCAGCCAGGACGCCGAGGAGGAGGAGCUGCUGCAGCGGUUGCGGGGCCCGGGCAAGCAGGUUGAUGAUGUAGUCACGGGAAAUCUAAAAGAGGACUCCAGUGACUCAGAAGUGGAGAAUGAAGCAAAAGAUAAUUUUCCUCCAUCUAAAAAACCAGCAUGGGUGGAUGAUGAAGAUGAAGCCGAGGAAAUAAUUGACAUGACCCACCGUUAUCGGAAAGACAUGAUGAAAAGUGAUGCAGAGAAGAAGCUUACCAAAGAAAAAGUUCAAAAGAGGCUUCAAGAACAAUUUCAGCGAGCUAUGGGAGGAGUGCCUGUCUGGGCCCAGAAAGACAAGAAGAAAGCCAGAAAAAGUGCAAAUGAUGAUGACAGUGAUGAAGAUGAUGAGCUGCUCCGCAAGACGGGCAAUUUUGUGUCUGCGUCAGAGACUUUACCAAGAGGCAUUUUACAGAUGAAAAAUUGCUUGGACGCUAAUAAUGAACGUCCUUCUGAUGCUAAACUGAGAACAGUGCAGUUCCACCCUUCUGCACAAGUAGUUAUGACUGCUGGACUAGAUCGGUCUAUAUCACUGUUUCAGGUGGAUGGUAAAACUAAUCCAAAGAUACAGAGCAUACAUCUGGAAAGCUUUCCAGUCUAUAAGGCUCGUUUCAGUGCUGAUGGAGAACAAGUUAUAGCUACUGGUACCCGCAGUAAACUGUUCUAUGUGUAUGACAUGAUGAGUGGACAUAUUAUUCCUGUAAACCAAAUAAGAGGAAUGCAAGAUAAAUUUAUCAGAAAGUUUGAAGUAUCUCCAGAUGGAUCAUUCCUGCUGCUUACUGGGGCCUCAGGUUAUCUUCAUUUGUUGACAAUGAAGACAAAGGAGCUGAUUGGCAGUAUGAAAAUAAAUGGAAAGGCUGUUGCAUCAGCAUUCUCUCCAGAUAGCAGCAAAAUUUACACACAUUCUAAUGAGGGUGAAGUUUUCAUUUGGGAUGUGAAGAGUAGGCGCUGUCUAAACAGGUUCACUGAUGAAGGAUGUUUGCGUGGGACAUGUCUUGCUGUAUCAAAAAAUGGCCAGUACGUGGCAUGUGGCUCCUGUUCGGGAGUUGUGAAUGUGUAUACCCACGAUGUUUGCCUCAGAGAAACCAAUCCUAAACCAGUUAAAGCCAUAAUGAACUUGGUUACAGCUGCUACAUCUUUGACCUUCAAUCCCACCACAGAAAUUUUGGCAGUGGCCUCCAGUGCAGUAGAUGAUGCAGUCAGGCUGGUACACAUUCCUUCACUUACUGUGUUCUCAAACUUCCCAGUGUUCAGAAGAAAGCUCAUUUAUCUUGCUCAGACUAUGGACUUUUCUCCCAGAAGUGGUUUUUUUUCCAUAGGCAACAACAAAGGCAAAGCUUUGUUGUAUAGGUUGAAACAUUAUUCAGAUUUCUAAGAGAGACGGUAUGAGGAAAGCUACUUUGAAUCACAAAAGUGUGAGUAAUUUUGGGUCAGCUGUCAAUAGCAUAAUUCUGGGGAAACAUACGUUUUGAUCUCGCUCCUCUUCCCUUGAUUAAAACUUCAACAUGGUGUGUUGGGGGGGAAUUUGGGAGGCAUUUCAUAUUUCUGUGUAAUACAAGUCACCAUGAUGUGUGUGUACUUGAGGGCAGGAUUUAAUGAUGGUUUGAGGAACAAAUUGUUGCCAAGCAGGCUCCAAUCUUUGCUGCUCUGCUAAUGGAUCUCUAGUCAACAUACUUACCCCAUCAGUCAUUAAUUUCUUGUCACCUUUCUUACAGAUAAGACCCUGCUCUCAUGUUGUAAAUAUUCUGGCCUCGAUACUAUCAAACAAUAGAAUAGUUACACUGCAGGCUUCAGUGGGGAGACACACAAAUCGGUUUACAAUUGGCAUAGCUUGAUUUGGUAACUGACUGAUUUAGGUAUGUCCAAAAAAAGGUUUAAUUUAGACAGCCUGUGUGGUAUUUAUGCUUUUUAAUCUGUUUAUAUAAAAGAUGUACAAUACAAUCUCAUCACAUUCUGUUACACAUCAGCUGGGUGGCUUCCACCAGUAACCCAGAACUAUAGAUCACUGAACCCAAAUGCCUGGAACAGUGCAAACGGGGAACAACGGCACAGACUUCAUAUGUAAACAUCAAACCAAUAUUCGCUUUCUGUGGCGUCUAAUGUUUUGCAGAUACUAAUGUCUUUCUCUGUACUAUUCUCUCCCCAGAUGCUGUAAUCUUCAGUUACAAGCAUGCUGAUUUAAAAAAAAACAACACAAACUGCUGAUUUUUAAAAUACUUUUGUAUUUUUUAUGAAAGCUUUAUGAAACUACAUAAGUUCCAAUGUUGUGCUUGUUUGGUGGCUUUUGUGAGUAUUGUGUUGCUUAAUAAAAGCACCUGAUAACAUGUUUCCGGA